AACCCGAGCUAGAAGGAUACAUUGUAGCUAUAUUAGAUACAAGAUUUAAAGAUUUAAAUUUUAAGCCAGCAAAAUUUGAAUCAACAAAAGAUGAAUUAAAAUAUAGAAUGAUAGAAGAUAUAAAAAAUAAUAAUUAUUCUUUACCUAACAAUAAUUUACUUACUUCUUUAUUGAGCUUACUAUUUGAAGAAACUACCCACUAG